AUGAACUCGGGAGAUGGACUAAUCGAAAGGGGGAUCCGGGUGUCUCGCAAGGCGGUUAUGACUAAUCCUGAUGGUCGUCCCGAUCUUGCGAGGCGACUGGAUAAAAUCGGGAAUAAGGUCGAAUCUCGGUACAAACGAACUGGGCAGGUGGACGGCCUCGAAGAGGCAAUCCAGGUGUCUCGCCAAGCGGUCCAGGCAACACCUGAUGAUCAUCCUGAUCUAGGAGGACGGUUAUACCGUCUUAGCUUCGACCUUGGACGUCGUUUUGAACGGACAGAAGAACUGGACGACCUCGAAGAGAUGAUCCGAGUGUCUCGCCAAGCGGUCCAGGCAACACCUGAUGAUCAUCCUGAUCGCGCUGGAAGGCUAAGUAACCUUGGAAACAAGCUCAACGCUCGAUACGAUCUAAAAGGAGAAAUAGCCGACCUCGAGGAGGCAAUCCAAGUGUCUCGCCAAGCGGUCCAGGCAACACCUAAUGAUCCACCUAAUGAUCAUCCUGAUCUAGGAGGACGGUUAUACCGUCUUAGCUUCGACCUUGGACGUCGUUUUGAACGGACAGAAGAACUGGACGACCUCGAAGAGAUGAUCCGAGUGUCUCGCCAAGCGGUCCAGGCAACACCUGAUGAUCAUCCUGAUCUAGGAGGACGGUUAUACCGUCUUAGCUUCGACCUUGGACGUCGUUUUGAACGGACAGAAGAACUGGACGACCUCGCAGAGAUGAUCCGAGUGUCUCGCCAAGCGGUCCAGGCAACACCUGAUGAUCAUCCUGAUCGCGCUGGAAGGCUAAGUAACCUUGGAAACAAGCUCAACGCUCGAUACGAUCUAAAAGGAGAAAUAGCCGACCUCGACGAGGCAAUCCAAGUGUCUCGCCAAGCGGUCCAGGCAACACCUGAUGAUCAUCCUGAUCUAGGAGGACGGUUAUACCGUCUUAGCUUCGACCUUGGACGUCGUUUUGAACGGACAGAAGAACCGGACGACCUCGAAGAGAUGAUCCGAGUGUCUCGCCAAGCGGUCCAGGCAAUACCUGAUGAUCAUCCUGAUCUAGGAGGACGGUUAUACCGUCUUAGCUUCGACCUUGGACGUCGUUUUGAACGGACAGAAGAAUUGGACGACCUUGCAGAGAUGAUCCGAGUGUCUCGCCAAGCGGUCCAGGCAACACCUAAUGAUCAUCCUGAUCUAGGAGGACGGUUAUACCGUCUUAGCUUCGACCUUGGACGUCGUUUUGAACGGACAGAAGAACUGGACGACCUCGAAGAGAUGAUCCGAGUGUCUCGCCAAGCGGUCCAGGCAACACCUAAUAAUCAUCCUGAUCUAGGAGGACGGUUAUACCGUCUUAGCUUCGACCUUGGACGUUGUUUUGAACGGACAGAAGAACUGGACGACCUCGAAGAGAUGAUCCGAGUGUCUCGCCAAGCGGUCCAGGCAACACCUAAUGAUCAUCCUGAUCUAGGAGGACGGUUAUACCGUCUUAGCCUCGACCUUGGACGUCGUUUUGAACGGACAGAAGAACUGGACGACCUCGAAGAGAUGAUCCGAGUGUCUCGCCAAGCGGUCCAGGCAACACCUAAUGAUCAUCCUGAUCUAGGAGGACGGUUAUACCGUCUUAGCUUCGACCUUGGACGUCGUUUUGAACGGACAGAAGAACUGGACGACCUCGAAGAGAUGAUCCGAGUGUCUCGCCAAGCGGUCCAGGCAACACCUAAUGAUCAUCCUGAUCUAGGAGGACGGUUAUACCGUCUUAGCUUCGACCUUGGACGUUGUUUUGAACGGACAGAAGAACUGGACGACCUCGAAGAGAUGAUCCGAGUGUCUCGCCAAGCGGUCCAGGCAACACCUAAUGAUCAUCCUGAUCUAGGAGGACGGUUAUACCGUCUUAGCUUCGACCUUGGACGUUGUUUUGAACGGACAGAAGAACUGGACGACCUCGAAGAGAUGAUCCGAGUGUCUCGCCAAGCGGUCCAGGCAACACCUAAUGAUCAUCCUGAUCUAGGAGGACGGUUAUACCGUCUUAGCUUCGACCUUGGACGUCGUUUUGAACGGACAGAAGAACUGGACGACCUCGAAGAGAUGAUCCGAGUGUCUCGCCAAGCGGUCCAGGCAACACCUGAUGAUCAUCCUGAUCUAGGAGGACGGUUAUACCGUCUUAGCUUCGACCUUGGACGUCGUUUUGAACGGACAGAAGAACUGGACGACCUCGCAGAGAUGAUCCGAGUGUCUCGCCAAGCGGUCCAGGCAACACCUGAUGAUCAUCCUGAUCGCGCUGGAAGGCUAAGUAACCUUGGAAACAAGCUCAACGCUCGAUACGAUCUAAAAGGAGAAAUAGCCGACCUCGACGAGGCAAUCCAAGUGUCUCGCCAAGCGGUCCAGGCAACACCUGAUGAUCAUCCUGAUCUAGGAGGACGGUUAUACCGUCUUAGCUUCGACCUUGGACGUCGUUUUGAACGGACAGAAGAAUUGGACGACCUUGCAGAGAUGAUCCGAGUGUCUCGCCAAGCGGUCCAGGCAACACCUAAUGAUCAUCCUGAUCUAGGAGGACGGUUAUACCGUCUUAGCUUCGACCUUGGACGUCGUUUUGAACGGACAGAAGAACUGGACGACCUCGAAGAGAUGAUCCGAGUGUCUCGCCAAGCGGUCCAGGCAACACCUAAUGAUCAUCCUGAUCUAGGAGGACGGUUAUACCGUCUUAGCCUCGACCUUGGACGUCGUUUUGAACGGACAGAAGAACUAGACGACCUCGAAGAGAUGAUCCGAGUGUCUCGCCAAGCGGUCCAGGCAACACCUAAUGAUCAUCCUGAUCUAGGAGGACGGUUAUACCGUCUUAGCUUCGACCUUGGACGUCGUUUUGAACGGACAGAAGAACUGGACGACCUCGAAGAGAUGAUCCGAGUGUCUCGCCAAGCGGUCCAGGCAACACCUGAUGAUCAUCCUGAUCGCGCUGGAAGGCUAUAUGGCCUUGCAGUCGAUCUCGGACGACAAUAUAGACAGACAGAAGAAAUGGACGACCUCGAAGAGAUGAUCCGAGUGUCUCGCCAAGCGGUCCAGGCAACACCUGAUAAUCAUCCUGAUCUAGGAGGACGGUUAUACCGUCUUAGCUUCGACCUUGGACGUCGUUUUGAACGGAUAGAAGAACUAGACGACCUCGAAGAGAUGAUCCGAGUGUCUCGCCAAGCGGUCCAGGCAACACCUGAUGAUCAUCCUGAUCUAGGAGGACGGUUAUACCGUCUUAGCUUCGACCUUGGACGUCGUUUUGAACGGACAGAAGAACUGGACGACCUCGCAGAGAUGAUCCGAGUGUCUCGCCAAGCGGUCCAGGCAACACCUGAUGAUCAUCCUGAUCGCGCUGGAAGGCUAUAUGGCUUUACAGUCGAUCUCGGACGACGAUAUAGACAGACAGAAGAAAUGGACGACCUCGAGGAGGCAAUCCAAGUGUCUCGCCAAGCGGUCCAGGCAACACCUGAUGAUCAUCCUGAUCUAGGAGGACGGUUGUACAACUUAGGAACGUAUCUCGAGGCUCGAUACGAUCGAAAGGAGCAAACAGAUGAUCUUGAAGAGUCGAUUCGGAUGUCUCGUCAGGCAAUUGCUGCUACCCAAAAAAAUCAUCCUGACAUACCAAACCUAUUCUGUGACCUCGGAGCAAAGCUUAACACCCGGUAUAGACGAAAGGGAAAGAUGGAAGACAUCGAAGAAGCGAUUCAGUUCUCUCGCCAAGCAGUUCAGGCAACUCCUAACGACCAUAUUGCUUUUGCAGUACGGCUAAAUAACCUAGGGAACAACCACUCAAGUCGCUAUGCACUUAAAGGACGGAUAGACGACCUUGAAGAGGCGAUCCGGUUGUCUCGCCAGGCUAUUGGGGCCACUCCUGAUAAUCAUACUGAUCUUCCAAUGUUUUUCAGUAGCCUCGGAACCAAUCUUGGGCAUCUAUAUGAUCGAACAGGGGAAAUGGAAUACCUCGAAGAGGCGAUUGAGGUGUCUCGUGAGGCGGUUCAGGCUGCUCCUUCUGACUAUCGUCAAUUUCCAAAGCUGUUAGAUAUCCUAGGGAGCCAGCUCCUAAGUCAUUAUAAACGAUUAGGCAAGCUGGAAGACCUUGAAGAUGCGAUUCGAAUGUCUCGCCAGGUGAUCCAAAUGACUCCUGACGACCAUCCCGAUGUUCGAGGGUUUUUGCAAACCCUCGCAACCUAUCUCUAUAGUCGGUAUGAACGAACAGGGAACGCGGAAGACAUUGAAGAGGCAAUUCGGGUAUCUCACCAGGUGAUUCAGAUCACUCCUGACGACCAUCCCAGUUUUGGGAUCGCGUUGAACAACCUUGGAAUCUAUCUCAAAGGACGGUAUCAAAGAACAGAGAAUAUGGACGACCUCGAAGAGGCAAUUCAACUGGCCCAACGUGUCGUUCAUACAACCCUUGAUGAUGAUUUCUAUCGCGCAGCAUGUUUAAGUAACCUCGGAACCCGUCUCAAAAGUCGGUAUGAACGAACUGAGAGUAUGGACGACCUCUCAGAGUCCAUCCGGCUGUCCCGCAAGGCUGUUCAAAUGUCCCUUGAUGAUCAUCCUAAUCGCGCAAUAUUUUUAUACAACCUUGGGAUUGAUCUUGAAUGUCGUUAUGAGCAAACAGAACAAAUAGAGGACCUCAAAGAGGCGAUUCGUUUAUCUCGCCAGGCGGUUCAAACCAAAUCAACACCUCCUUUGGUUCGGAUCGCUGCUGCUAAUCUGGGCCUUCGCCUCCUACUUAAGCGCAAAGACUACCAUGCUGGUUACACUCUAUCUGUUGAAGCUAUCGAUCUCCUGCAGCUGGUGCACAAAAGGUCUUUGACCCUACAGGAUCGACAAUAUGUCGUCUCACACUUCUCUGGCUUAGCUACGCAGGCCUGCUCCCUCACCAUUCAGACUCGACAGCCCCUUUCCGAAGCUCUGCGCUUGUUAGAGCGUGGACGUGGUGUCAUCCUUGGUCUUCUCAUGGAUGACCGGAGUGACACGUCCGAACUAAAAGUGGCCCAUCCCGAUUUAUGUGCACAAUACGAAAGCCUUCGCCUUGAGGUAAACACUCGUCUCGAGAGCACCGAAUCUCAGCGCAUGAGUAAGCAAAUUUCCACAAGACGGCCAAAAGCUGUCGAGGAGCUCGAAAAAUGCAUACAAUAUAUACGCCAACUUCCUGGCUUUGAAUUCUUUCAAAACGGUCUUUCUGUGGAGAAAAUGCUGGCUGCUUCUAAUAAGGGUAGCAUCAUCGUGGUGAAUGUCACCAACCUAAGAAGUGAUGCUAUUAUCAUCUCCGCAUCCGGAUUUAGCCUAGUCCCUCUUCCUCGGUUUGAGGCGGUCCAAGCGCAGCGUUGGGUCGACCAGGAAGUGAAUUCGGCUGGGAAUAACAAAUCAUACCGCCAAUUUUUAAUCUGGCUCUGGCGGGAGUGCGUAAAGCCUGUCCUCUCUGAACUCGAUAAUUCUGUUCAAUCAUCUCUAGAGGAACUCCCGAGGGUCUGGUGGAUCGGCACUGGACUUGCCAGCUCCUUCCCAUUUCAUGCGGCGUGUGAUAUCUCUGCAGGAGAAAACACAUUCUGUCGCGUUUUAUCUUCCUACACCCCGUCAAUCAAGGCAUUACUACACGCAAGAGAGCGGGGUUCUGUCUCUACCCCAUCAAACAAAACCCCCCGAAAGCUACUCGUGGUUACCAUGGCCAACACACCCGGCGCUAAUGACCUACCAGGGGUAAUAGCCGAAAGGUCUACGGUCCUAGGAGUACUUGGAAACUCUGUUCAGGUGGAAUGUCUCGACCAACCGGACUCUGCAAGCGUUUUGCGCCAAAUUCGGGAAUGCAAUGUCGCCCAUUUUGCUUGCCACGGAAUCUCAGACUCGGGUGAUCCUUCUCAAAGUGGCCUUUUACUGCAGACUGCGACUGCAAACCCAAGACAGGAAAUCCUAACUGUUCUGAAACUCUGCGAAAACCACCCUACUCUUGGGGAUAUUGCAUACCUCUCUGCAUGCUCAACUGCAGAGAACCAGGCAGAAGGUCUGACAGAUGAAGCCCUUCAUGUUGUCAGUGGUUUCCAGGUCGCCGGAUUCAGGCACGUCAUUGGGACUUUGUGGCGAUCUGAUGAUAGCGUGUGCGUGGAGGUUGCGAGAUUGUUCUAUGCUGAGCUUUGUCGGAACGGAGCUCUAGAGUACACCGAUAGAGUCGUCGCGAUGGCACUUCAUAAGGCGGUUUUUGACGUUUCGAAAAAGGUUGAAUACCGGAAACGGCCGUUACAUUGGGCACAAUUUGUCCAUUACGGAGCUUGA